AUGACCAGCCAACCCGCCUCCCGCCAGACGGCACCAGCCAAACUGCAACGGCGUAACAGUCGUACCAGCCCCGUAAUAGGUAUCAGCGCCUCCACUCCUUCCAAUCCCCAGCCCAACCACAUUAGAAAAAUCACCAAAAUCACAUCACCUUCAUCCUGCACCCGUCGAGUGUUUCCGCCGUUUUCGAGAGAUAUGGACUCUUCUUCGUCAUCCUCCCAGUCAAGAACUCGCCAUGUACGUUCUCCGGCUUUUGAUCGUGCCCGUUCUCCCGUGGUUCAGCAAAUGAUUUCAACAUCCCUCACGACUACUGGUGGCGGUGGUGGAAACACAAGUCAGCAACCUGUGGAAACGAGAGUGUCCUCCGGAUCAGCCAAGUCCUCUUCUUCAAGUCGAAAUGCGCAGCAGCCCGACAAGCAACUCUCACAGAUUGAAAAGAGCGUUACCCAUCUUCUCGUCGCGACAAAGCAGCUAUUAGAGACCCUCACACAAUGGUCACGACAACGUGCGACGGAGAGCGAGGUUUCGGACGUUUAUGUCCGUUUGGGAUACGAGUUCAACUUGGCCUGCAGGGCCUUCGGAGCUAUUGGGGUCGACACAGCAGACUUGGGCCCAGUGCCCGAUCUCCUCCGGACCAUUUUGGAAGACACCCUUAGUCAAGAUGCAUCUCCAGAGAGCCUCGAUCGGUAUCUACCGCGCAUACGGGAUAUCAUUAUCAAUUUACUCCAGGGUCUCAAGAAAAAACAGGCUAAGUUGCGGUCGAGGCAGAUGAAAGAUGGAUUGCCCGCGACAACACGACAUGGUAGCGCUGGCAGCGUAGGAAGUGGGGACAAUAGUCUAAAUCAGAUCGCGGAUGAAGCUCCAUCGUUACCGCAGUCCGCGCCCAAACGACAACAAGAGGUAUCUCGCCAAGCUAAUACAAUAACAAGCUAUGGAGAUACGGGAUUUACCAGAAACAGCUCUUCUGCCACCUGGUCUAAUGACCGCCAUGGGCCAUCUUUUGCCGAAAGGGAAGCGUCGAAGAGAGACCAGUCAAAGUCAGGUGUUUCUUCGAAUUCGUCACUAUCAAGUACUGCUAUGCAGAAUAUUCCUGUUGUGUCCCCAUACCCUGACCAAAGCAUGAACGGAUCUCGCUACGGCAAUGCUUCCAAUUUCUCUGCGCAUAAUUUCCCUCAUCCCCCGCCUCCCACACCUCCAAGCUCUAAACAAGACGACGCCAUUGGGAUGCUACAAAGAAGUGGUGAACUGGAACGACGAGCGUCGAGGAGAUUCUCUGCCUAUCAAAUACAAAAACACCUUGGUCCAUCUCCUAAUGGUGUUCCAGUUAUUCCUCCUUCGCAGAAUUCCCCGGUUCCGAAUCGAGGCCGCGAUGUUCGCGAAUCAAUGAAUGCAGUGCGCCUCCGUGGAUCAUAUCUUCACAACAGGCAGCGCUCAAAUAAUCGGACUGUCGAAUCAUCCCCUGGCCAAACCAAUUCACCCGAGCGCAGGGGACCAGCGAAGAAACCUCACGUCGACACGUCAGUGGGAUCGACUGAAGACGAUGGUCCGCCGAAAACCUCAACUGACAAGCUUGGCUCCCCGCGCCGUUUUGAGUCGAGAGAUAUGCCACCUGCUAGUGGCUCUCUGCCCGCUCUGCCCCAUAUUUCAGAGCGGGAUUCGGGUUCAGAGACAUUCGAGAGCUCGUCGAAAAAGGGCACGGAACAGCAAUCUUCACCUGCGAACGGGACCCAACAUGCUAAAACCUCAUCUACAAGCUCUGACAACUCGCAAGUUAGCCAGUUUACUCCAGAGUCAUCUCCCGCUCCAACCAAAGAAAUAACACUCUUCUUACAGUACAGAAGUAAGAUUAAGAAAUACGUCUUGUCAGAGGGCUAUUCUGAGUUAACUCUUGGCCGAUUACAAUUGGCGUUUAUCGAAAAAUUCGCAUGGAAUACCCAUAACAAUGGUGCAGAUUUGCCAGAGAUUUAUCUCCAGGAUCCUGUCUCUGGCGUUCGGCAUGAACUGGAAGAUCUGAACGACGUAAAAGAUCGAUCAGUCCUCGUGUUGAAUGUUGAGCCACUUGACGAGGUGAAGAAGCACUUCGACGAUGGAGUUGGGGGUCUCCGUCGUCUGAUAGAAGGCGUCCGUGAAAUUGUUGAUGGACAGGGAGCGUCUAUCCAACGAUUAACUGACCGUCAAUUAGAAGCUUCGAAAGAAAUUUCUCGCCUUGCUGCAGCCCCGCCUCCAGCAGAUGUAUCCAAAUCUAUCGUUACAUCCAACGGUCCAAUUGCAGGUGGCGGAAACCAUAUUUCAGAACUUCAGGGUAUUCGUCGUGAUCUUGCCGUGCUACGUCAGACUUAUACGAGUUUCGCGGCAGAUGUAUCAAACUCUAUGGGCUCCAUCCGAUCCAAGGCAGGUUCUGUAAAGCAUGCAGCGAAUGAACUGACUGUGCCGCCGUUUGAGGGUGAUGCAGGCCGUGCUCGCGUGAAUGCAGGGAAGAAAGAGCUUGCUGACGAAUCUGAAAGGAUCGUCGCUCGUGUCGACGAUCUUCAAGAUCUCGUUGAGGAUCUACGGAAGGAUGUUGUCACUCGUGGUGUCCGCCCCCUACCAAGACAAUUGGAAGCGGUAGGCCGGGAUAUCGGUGCAGUAUCGAAGGAAUUGAACAAGAUGAAGGAAUUCCUUAAACGAGAAAAACCAAUAUGGACUAAGAUAUGGGAGAAGGAGUUACAGCUUGUGUGUGAAGAGAGGGAUCAACUCACAAUGCAAGAAGAUCUAGUGAUUGACCUUGAGGACGAUCUCGACAAGGCAACCCAGACAUUUGCCCUUGUGGAGCAGGCCACGAAACAACAGAGUCUCCACUCGACUUCGAACGCGACCCCUGGACCCAACGGCUUGAGAAACGUAUCCCGCAAUUUCCCAGUCGAUGAGCCGUUUGACCCCAUGAAAGCCAAGGACCAUCUCCUAGGAGAAGUAAGAGCGCUGCAACCUAAUCACGAAAAUCGUUUGGAAGCCAUAGAACGUGCUGAGAAAGCAAGAGAGAAGGAGCUGGAAAGUCGCCGGAUCGGCCCGCUCCAAAAGGAGUUGGGCAAAUUUGUUGAAGAGGGAAAGCUGAAGAAGAGUGGUGGAUUCGAGGAGAUCGAACGGAUGCGGAAGGCAAAAGAUGAGCGGAUACGCAAGGAGGUAUGGGAGCGCAUGAAUGGUAUUGUCCCUGGACCGGAACAGAACACCGCGACGACAACCGCAGCAGCAGCAAGCAUUCCUUCCCCUGAUGACAACCUGCCUGAGGAGAUUUCCAAGUCACCUGAAACGGCGGGAUCAGGGGAAGAGCGUGCCAACCCAUCAACUGGAGAAGGAAUCGCCGGCCGUGAUUCUAUUUCUAGCCGUGGCAGUCCCCUUUCCCCUGCAAAAGAUGAGCUUGCAAAAACACAAUCUUCUCCAACUGCUCCUGGUAUGUAG